GCGGAGGCGGGCGGUUUAGAUUGCAGUCGGGUAUGAGCGAACGUCGCGGUGGCGGCUCGGUAGCGGCGGUGCGGUGUUGAUGCAGGAACAGCGCGGUGCUAUGGGCGAUACGGAAGAAGCCCACAUGCAGAUCAGCCCCGAAACUCCUGGGCGGGUCACAGUCCUGAAUCCUUUUGAAAGUCCCAAUGAUUAUUGCACCCUUCAGGAGCAGAUUGUCUCCAGUCCUUCCGUCUUCAAAUCAACAAAAUCUUCAUCUACACCAGGAAAAUUUAGAUGGUCUAUUGAUCAGCUUGCUUUAAUAAAUCCUGUGGAAAUUGACUCAGAAGAUAUCCGACGCCAAGCAAUGUAUUUGAGUCACGCUAGAAUUGAUAAGGAGACAGAAGAGAGGAGGCAGAAAGCCAUUGAGGAGUUUUUCACAAAGAGUCUCAUAGUUCCUUCUCCUUGGACUGAACAUGAAGGCAAGCAAGUUUCACAGUUUAAUUCAACAAAAUCCAUAGAUCUAAAUAACAUUUCUCCAAUUGGAAGACAGCUAACUUUGCCUGGGAAAACCAAUGCUGCUUGUCAAACAGUACUGUCUUUGCCAGUAGAUUUUAAUUUAGAGAAAAUCCUAGGUGAAUAUUUUAGAACUGAUGAAUUUGCAGAUCAGUCUCAGGAAAAUCUGAGCUCUUCAUCACUCCGAAGAAAGCUGUUUUUGGAAGAAAAUGGAAACAUAUCUGAAUGUUUGACCCCUUCUCUGCAUAAUCCAUGCAGUAGUCAGCCACUUGGAGUGCUUUGCUCAAUAGAUAUAUCUCCAGUUCGGUGUAGAAGCCCCCUGGAAACAUCUAGUUCAGGUCAGUUUUCAUCUAGCCCUAUCCAGGGAGGAGCAAGGACUUACAGUCUAGGAAGUAUUACCAGUCCCUCAUUUCCAGAAGGGUCUCCUGCACGUAAUGGUUCUCCUACUUUUUCACCUAUUGCUUUUCAUAUAAGACAUACACCGCUGUCAGACCAAAGAAAACUUGCAUUUUGUUCUCCAGAUAUUCCUUCUGUCUCAAAUAGAAUGACACCUGCAAGUACAAGAAGUCCUUAUAUAGAUGGUUGCUCUCCAAUUAAAAACUGUUCUCCAAUGAGGCUUGGAGGGUGUAGAGGAACUGCCCAGUACCAAACUUCUGUCAUUAGAAUACCAUUUGCUGUUGAAAAUCACGAUGAGGAUGAGGACAAGGAAAAUGCUUCUCCGGCAGAAGCGCGGUUCCCAGAAGUGGAUAAUGGAAUCAACUUCUGUCAGCAAGAUGGCGACACCUUUGCACCUGGUACACAUCUCGUCGUUGCAACGGUGUCUAUCACACCAGAUCAUUCGGAAGCUUGUCAUCAAAGGUUGUCAUCCUAUCAGGAUAUAGAAGGCUUGAAGGAAAAUAAUACUGUAGAUAUGGCUGAUGCAGCUGAAGUGUCAGAAAACACUUGGAUAAAAGAAACAAUUGGCAAUAGCAGUGCACCAAUGACCAGCUUUAUGACAGGGAUUACUUUCAGUAUUGAAAACUCUCGCAUGUGCAUGUCACCUCUUGCAGAAAGUAGUGCAAUUCCGUGCGACAACAGUAGUAUUCAGGUGGACAGUGGCUAUAAUACUCAGACGUGUGGGAGCAGCAUCAUGGAUACUGCAGGGGCUGAAAACAGUUGCAGAGAAAAUGAUGUGAACACUAACACACUUCAGACUAAACCUCAACUUCCUAAGACAAAGGAGUGUUCUGUUUUAAACCACAAAGACAAUCAGUUGCUGGGAGCAAAAUCUCCAGAGAAGCAGUCCUGUUUCCAUAAAGUGAAAAUGCAUCAUACAGUAUUUUGUCAAAGUGCGAGCUGUAACGUUUCUACCUGGAAACAUAAAAAUGAAAAUCAAAUUCAGGGAUUUCACACAAGUGCAAGGAUAACCAAUUCCAGGAUGCUGCAUGGAAAUGCUUCCAAUUCUGAGCAGCAGCUCACAGAAGGGCCUGUCUCAAAGUGACAAAUGCACGCUAUUGGCACACUGAGCCUGAAAUAGUUGGUCAUGUCUAAAUGUCAAGGGGACUGGAAAACAUGUUAAAAAUUUGCAAUAUGAACAGAAUUGCAUAGCAUUACAAAGCAAUGGGUUAGAAUUGGGACUUCUGUGCAGCCGCUGUAUGAAUGGAACAAUUCCUGAAAAACUUUGAUCAAUGAUUUUACCAUAAAGUGUUGCUGAAAAAAUACACUUAAAAGAGAAACUUCUCUCAAUUAAACAGUAUUUGGUUUUAGUUCUCACAUUUCAUAAUCAAUACGUCUAAUUAAAAAAUAAAAACCUUCAGGUUUCUAACCAGUGAACACAACACACAAAUUGUUACAGAAGUUAAAAAAAAAAAAAAACCAAAACAUUUCAGUACUGUGUACCUAGCAAUAACUUGAACCUAAUGUCCCGAGUGCACUGCUUGAUAAACUUGAAGCAGUGCCCUGCUAAAAGGUGAACUGCACUGAAUUGAUUACUUAUAGAGGAUUUUUUUCUUUUUAAUAAAAAAUUAAUUUGGACAUCUGGGAAAUGAGCAUGUUUAAUAGGGCAUCUGAAAUGAGCCUCAGAUGAUAAGGUUUGAAGCUCAAAGACUAGACAACUUAUUGUCAAUUUAAAAUAUAUUUAUUAUCUUGUCUUUUCUGUUUCUAAUGAUUUUAAGAAUGAGUUGGAGUGGUGAAUUGUAGAUUUUUGGAAUGUGCAAAGGAUUUAUUUUUUUAAGUCUGAUCACCAAAAAAUAAUAGUAUAGUGAGUAUAGGUAAGAAGCAGGGCUGUCCAUAUCGUAAUCAUUUAUGAACUGUAUAGUAUGUAUGAUUAAGACUUGUUUUCUUUUAAUUAAAACUUGUGAUUCUUUGUAAUGCUGUGUUCUAUUACCAGAGGUUUUUAAAGUAACUGCAGAUUAAAACAGAUACAAAAAUAAAAGCAAUCCCUAAGAUGCUUGAUUGUACCACAUCCAAGUAUUUCCUUAAAUGCAAGGGGAAGAUAACACCAGAAAUGGUUGUACAUGUGAAAUAAGACAUUCCUUUACCCCAGUGAAAUGUUAUCUUCUGUCUUGUUUCAGACUUCAGUCUAAAAUUCAGAUUUUAUGAAACUUGCAAAUAUGCUUUGUAUAAUUGUUUUGUGGAAGAAACCUACGGUACGGAUUACCAUGGAAAUCAUUCGACCAUUCUGUUUUUGUCUACCAUUCUGUUUUUGUAGUCGUACUUCCUGCGUUGGUUGGCACAUGUUGCACAAAACAGUCCUUGUUUACAUUAAAUAGCUUUUAAAAAAGAGUCUUAUAACAUGAAUAGUUGUAAAUUGAGUAGUAAAACAGAAUAAAGACUUGUCUUCAAUA